GGGAAAGUCCAGAAAUUCUGCGGUAAUGAAACAAAUAAAAUACCUGACUUUUACUCCUACGGACGUACAGCUGCCAUUACAUUUAAGUCACAAGAAUACACGCCUGGCAGUAGGCUCACCUUUACCUAUCAAGUCACAAACUGCAGCAGAGAAUAUAAUCAGUCAUUUGGAUAUUUGAAAAGUCCAGGUUGGCCGGAAAAUUAUCCGAAUAGGAUAGAAUGUACAACAAUCCUCCGCGCUCCAGACAGCCACUCCAUAUCUCUCUUCUUCAGUGCCUUCCAUCUUGAACCAUCAUUCUUUAGUUGUCAUGACUACCUCGAAGUGAGGAAUGGCAGCUCUUCUGACUCCCCAUUGCUUGGCACCUAUUGUGGGAAUAGUCUUCCUAAUCCGAUAUUUCCUAAAAAUAAUGUUCUGCGCCUCCUGUUUAAAUCAGACAUUUCCACAUCUCAUCAGGGAUAUGAAAUUACUUGGACAUCAUCUCCAUCUGGUUGCGGGGGGACUCUGCUCGGAGAUCAUGGAUCAUUUACCAGUCCUGAUUAUCCUGGCACUUACAGUAACAACACUGAC